CGAUCGAAAUACAACAGAUUUUGAAUCCAAUCAUCUAAGGAAACAUAUGAUAUUACGGGUAAAGUAAUGGAUUUCUAUGCUAGCAUUUGCCGGCUAUGCGAGGCCACUCCCAAAAUGACGGAUAAGUGGUCGGACCUGUUCGCUGCAAGGAACGAGAAGCUGAUCGAAAAAAUCGAGUCGAUCUGUAAUUUUAAGAUUAAUAAGAAGGAUAAACUUCCGAAGAGGAUAUGUGAGCAGUGUCGGAUUAACCUGCAGCAGGCAUGCCAGUUCAAAGUGCAGUGUGAACUAACGGACGCAAAGUUGAGGCAGGAAAUAGAGUUCCUAGAAGAGAACAACUGGAACACCGACGAAGUUCAUCCGUCGUUCGAUUGCGACUAUGUCCGGCAAAUUAAGCGAGAAGAACGCGAGAGACGGAAGCAGUCAACGGAAACGAACCUAUCCGAGGAAGCUACCGGUGAUUGUCCGGUAGAGUCGGUUCUGGUCAAAGCUGAACAACAAGAAGAUGAAUUUUCCGAAACGGAGAAAGUAACAGAGCUAUCGAUUGACAUUUGUUCGACAAAAGUUGAACCUCUUCUAGUGAUCGAAGCCGUAACCAAGGAAACUGAUUCGAAAGAUGAACUUCCUUCGGAUUCCGAUGAUUCCAACGAUCAGGAUUAUUCGGGAGGCUCGGAUACCGACUCAUCGGGUAAAAAGGUUUCGCCUAAUCGAAAGAAGAGUAAAGAUAAAACCGAGCCAACAAAUACUUGUGGGGCCUGCGGAGAACAGUUUGAGAAAUCGUCCGAAAUGUACGCCCAUGCAAGAGCAGUUCAUGGCAAAAAGCGUUUCCGGUGCAAAACGUGCGGUAAGUGCUUCUCUCGUCGCACUCGGUUGGCGGACCACGAACUGCGUCACACUGGUGUACGGCAGUUCGAAUGCCCCCACUGCGACAAGAGCUACGUCACGCAACAGGGCAUGAAAACCCACGUGGAAGAUGCUCACAGCGAAAACCUACCGUACGUGUGUGACAAGUGCGGUAAAGGGUUUUCCAAAGCCACAAAGUUACGGAUACACUACAGUAUACAUAUCGAAUCGAGAAACUUCAUGUGUGGUGUGUGUUCCAAGGGCUACAAAACGCAGACCCAUCUGAACAUUCAUAUGAACACCCACUUGCCUCAGGAUCAGAAGAAGAUACGCAUCCGACGCAAUCGGGAAAAGGUUUGCGUCUGUCCUUUCUGCGGUAAAGUUUCCACCUCGGUGGGCACGCAUACGAUGCACAUUCGAACGCAUACCGGUGACCAACGGUACGAGUGCGAUAUUUGCUUCAAACGGUUUACCUCGUCGGGAUCACACAAGAAACAUUUGCGUGUCCACUCGGGUGAGAAGCCGUUCGUUUGCGCGUACUGCAAUAAGUCUUUCCGUCAAAAGCAUCAUAUGACCACGCACAUUCGGGGUGUGCACACCAACGAGAAACCGUACCAGUGUAAAUACUGUCCGAAAGCGUUUGCCACUCGUGGAAAUAUGACACUGCAUGAGCGCAGCCAUGGAGGCCCAGCAGCGUCGGCUGAGCCAACCGCCGGGCAUCAGAAACCCGCUGAUGACGGAAGCGAACUGGACCUGGACGGCAGUCCGUCUCAUUCGUCAUCGAUGAUGACAUCUACGCCUUCGCCGAUGUUGAACCCGGGAGUGAUAUUUGCCCCUGGCGUUUCGGUACAACAAGGCGGAGCCUUUUUUCAAGUUUAAUAGAAUAUACACCUUUAUUCUUGUUUACGGCCGUAUCCUGCAUUCAUACGAAUAGUUUGCUUCGAACGAAUCGGGUAGCACUAUUCUCAUAUUCGAAUGAACAAAAGGAAGGAGAGCUCGCAGGUUCGAAUUGAUUCGGACGAAAACAAGAAUACGAAUCGGCUUAACUUUCGAACGAAUAUCAUUCGAACGAAAACAAGAAUAAGGGUAAUAGAAUGGUGCUGUCUCUGGUACUGUUAUAUAUUUUAACGGUGGAAU